CAUGAAUUGUGUGCGCACGCGCGCUUGUUCGGAACAAACCGGAUAAACGGAUAACGGAUUCAUAUUCACACAUAAUCAAUUGUAAAUUUCUAUAUUUGUGUCGAUGCGAGUUGCGAAAAGGAAACGCGAUUAACGAGAAUUCGCGGAAGCUUCUGCUCGGAAGAUUUUCAAUGUAGUAACGCUGGGGAAUUUCGGAGGGCGGAUAUAUGUAGUUGUGAAGACGUCGGUGAGGAGCUUGACAAGUUUUGCUAGUUUUUUAGUGGAAUUUAUUUUCAAAAUGGCAGGUGCGAAAAGAUUGCAAAAGGAACUUCGUGACCUAAGAGCAGCGCCUAUGAAAAAUUUUACAAAUAUCCAAGUAGAUGAAUCGAAUAUCCUCACUUGGCAAGGUCUUAUAUUGCCGGAUAAUCCACCAUAUAAUAAAGGGGCAUUUCGUAUUGAGAUUAACUUUCCAGCAGAGUAUCCUUUCAAGCCACCCAGAAUAAAUUUUAAAACAAAAAUAUAUCAUCCAAAUAUAAAUGAAAAGGGACAAGUUUGCUUACCGAUUAUAGGCGAUGAGAAUUGGAAACCAGCUACAAGGGCAGGUCAAGUUGUACAAGCUUUGAUAGCUUUAGUAAAUGAUCCAGAACCAGAACAUCCAAUGAGGACAGAUCUUGCGGAGGAGUUUCUAAAGGAUAGGAAAAAGUUUUUAAAGAACGCAGAGGAAUUUACAAAGAAACAUGCAGAAAAAAGGCGGGAGUCGCCCUCUUCUAAUGAAUAACCAUGAAUUACUAGCCCUACUCACCACGAUGCCUGCCACUCAUCAGUUAAUUUAAUUCAAGCCAACAUAGACUUAUCUGUUACAUGAUAAAUGACUUGAGAUACAUGUGUACAGGCACUAACUAUGCUCGCUUCGUUGUAUUACAUAAUUUGAAAAAAUUUUUAAAUAUUAUACUUCUUUAAGUGCUGUUAGGGACCACGUUUGGUGCCUGGCACACACAUGUAAAUUGAAUAUUCAGAAUCUAUGCGGAACAUGCUUUCAUUAGAAUUAUUUUAAUUAAAGCUAUUGUUUCCAUAAUCAAUUCUAUGAUUUACCUAUGAAAAGCUGAUAAAGAGAUAUGUAUGCCCAAAUUCUUUGCAGAUUUUCCCAUCGUAUGCAUGUUGCAUAUUGAGAAAAUUUUAUUUUGUGAAAAAUCUUUUUAUAGAUGGUAGUCAUAUAGGUUCUGUUUAAAAAAGUUAUAACAACACCAACUGUCUCUUCAAAUCGUAUAUGGAAAUAUACUGGUAAACUCCA